UGUAGGUAGUACAAGAACUGAAAAAUAAUUUUUGGUUGCCAGUAUACCUGUAGUCGUUGCACUGAUCAGUCGAUAGUUUUGUGAUAAAUUAUUUCUCAAGUGAAUUAAAUUAUUAACCAUGGGACGUGAUUCUAGAAAGGUUUCAAGAGAACUUCGGAGUUCUGAAAAAAUUAAUAAGUCGCGUUCAGUCAAAAGAAAGAAUGUUUUUAAUCCGAAAACAGCCGAACGUGAUGAAAGUAUUCAGAGUACAUCUUCUAAAAAAUUAAAACAAAACACUGAAGAUGAUGUACCUGAAGACAGCAGUACUGAAUUUCGAAUAAUAAAUUUUAUUCAGGUAUUCACUGCAAUUUCUGCUCUUAUAAAAUGUAAAAAAUGUGAUGGAAAUGUAGUGUUUCAAACAGCAAGUACACGUGGGCUGGGAUUCAAAAUUGUAGUUGCAUGUAAUAACUGUGGAAAUGAAUAUAUUCCUUCCUGUUCUUUCGUUGGGCAUUCUUAUGAAAUAAACAGACGUUUCAUUUUUGUAAUGAGAAUACUAGGAAUAGGAUACGAAGGAUUGUGCAAGUUUUGCGGCCUGAUGGACAUGCCGUCUUUUUUAGAUAAAUCUACGCAUACAAUUUUACUGAAACAGAUUUUGAAUUGUAGUAAAGCCGUCGCAGAAACCUUCAUGACGAAAGCUGUGAAUGAAGAAAAGCAAGCAAUGCCAACAACUGAAAAUGAAGAUAUAAAUCAUCUAACUGUAUCGGGAGAUGGAACCUGGCAAAAACGGGGAUAUACAUCGUCAUUUGGAGUUUCUUCUAUAAUUGGCUAUUUUACUGGAAAGAUUCUUGACAUAAACAUUAAAAGUGCAUAUUGUAAGCUAUGUGAGUAUUGGAAAAAAAAAACAAAUACUGUUGAGUUCGAGGAAUGGUAUCAAUCGCAUGAAGAUGUGUGUUCUGCUAAUCAUCAAGGGUCUUCUGGGAAAAUGGAGGUGGAUGCGAUGGUCGAAAUGUUUUCGUAUUCUGAAACUAAAUAUGGAGUUAAGUAUGCCAACUAUAUUGGUGAUGGUGACUCCAAGACCUAUUCAGGAAUUAUAAAAUCAGAUCCUUACGAAAAUACAACUGUAAAUAAAAAGGAAUGUAUAGGGCAUGUCCAAAAGCGGAUGGGGAGUCGAUUACGUACGCUGAAGAGUAAACAAAAAGGUCUUGGUGGUCGAGGUAAGCUCACAGGAAAAUUAAUAGACAAACUAACUGUGUACUAUGGUUUAGCAAUACGCCGGCAUUGUGAUUCUAUUGAAAAUAUGAAAUCUGCUAUAAUGGCAACCUUUUAUCACUACGGCUCGAGUGAUGAAAAACCGAAUCAUGAUAUGUGUCCAAAAGGCGAAGAAUCUUGGUGCUCUUACCAGCGCGCUGAAGCAAGAGGAGAGCUUGAUACCUUUUCUCACGAUUAUUCUCCUUUACCUUCUGAUGUUUUAAAAGCUAUCAAGCCUAUAUACGAAGAUCUUAGUAAUGAAAAUUUACUUUCAAGAUGUGUAGGUGGAUUCAAUCAGAAUAAUAAUGAAAGCUUUAACCAACUAGUAUGGAAAAUAUGCCCAAAAACGGUAAAUACUAGUUUUACCAUCGUACAAAUAGCUGCAUACGUUGCUAUGUGUAUAUUUAAUGAGGGUAUAAAUUCAUUAUUAGUCUUGAUGAAUACACUAGGACUUAAUUGUGGGCCUAAUUCUCAUCGGUAUGCAGAAAGAAUGGAUGCUGCACGUAUCAAAGUAGCAGAUAAGCGCGCUAAUGAUAACACCCGAGAAGGUCGAUUGCAACGUAGGCACCAGCAAAUCGAUAUUUUGGAAGCUGCUAUGUCGGCUGAAGAGCUAUUAUAUGGUCCAGGAAUAGAUGACUCAGUAUGAAUCUCCAAGGACUUAUGAUGAUCACCGCAAAGGACUUCGGGAGGAACGGGCUCUACAAAAACAGCGAUAACUUUUUGAAUUAUUAAUUUUUUUUUUUGAAAUUUUCGUGAAGUCAAAUCGAAACGUGUUCUAAUAAAGCUAUGUUUUUAUUUUUGUCAAAUAAAGUAAUUAACUACAAAAAAAAAAUUAUUGAAAAUCAUCAUUUUUUCAUACCCCUGAGUACCCCU